CGAAUAAUCAGCAAGUUGGGUUUGAAGUUUUUCAAAUCCAACAAAUUUUACCCCAAAUUUUGUUGACGGAUAAACUCAUAGAUUUGCCGUUCACAAAACCCGCCCAACCCAUCGGAGUGGCAUUCUAAGUUCGCAGGAGUAACUCGUAUUUGCCUGCCUUUUGUCUCCGCGAUCUUCAUCCAUUCAAGGAAGAGAGCCAUAAGAUGCCGAGAGAGACCAGCCCUGGCCUCAAAAUCCUCUGGAUAUGGACCAUUGGCACAGCAGCAGUGCUAGUUACUAGUGUGGUGAGGACGAGGAUGAGAGACAUGGAGCAGUUCAUGAACACUGAGCAACAACCUCAUCAUAAUCAGCAGCAGCAACAAGAGCCGAACGAAACCAGCUCCGGUGAGUCGAUCGUUUUGGAAGACUCGCCACCGCCUCCCAGCGAAGGAAUUGCUGAAGAAAUCAAGUCAAUGUAGGUUCUUAGUUUGGGUUUUCUCUAUCCUAGGAUUCUACUCUUCAAUGGGUUUUUGUCCCGCAGUUUCCUACUGAAGGCUUGCCUUCUACCUGUUUGUUAAAAUUCCUCAAAGAAUAUCCAGGCUGUCUGAAACGAUGGUUAUAUCGUGUUCCAUUCUUUUCUGGCCAGUAGAGGUUGUAAGUUCUUAUUGUGGGAAUCCAAAACCAUGACCUGGUUGCAGAUUCAUGAACAAUUGAUCCCCAUUUGAAUACGUUUUGCUUCAAAAGAAAACACAACUAACAUUGUAUUCAUCUUGGCCCAUGUAAACAAGUCUUGUUAUUAUUAUUG